AUCUAGAGUCAGGUGUAGAAUCCAGAAACACGCUGAGAUUGUUUUUCUAAUUUUAAUUUUGUCCAGCAAACACUUCUUUUAAACUUAACAUUUAAACUGAAACUAGGAAACAAUGUCAAUGUGCUAGCUGCUUUAAGUCAGUUAAGUGUAGUUUCUUGACUUUUGUUAUUAUCAAGUCUUGAUGUAUCACUAUACUUCACUUUACUGUGAGAAAACCUGUCCGUGUAAAGAAGUUAUCACUUAAAGUACUUUGAUAACCAUCAACCUGAAAACUGGAGGAACAUCUGCUCAUUAAAUAUUUCUGCUGCUUGUUUUAAGACAUUUUUUAUGAGGAACUACAUUCCACUGUUUCAGUAAGAAGGUGAACAGAUUAAUCCAAUAUAAUAUUAGUUCAGAUGUAUAUUUGCUCUAUAUGGAAACAGUAAUAUAAUACCCUGAGUUUGGACGUCAGCACGGACAGAUGCAGUGCAAUGCUGCAGUGUAGCACGACGGCACCCAUCUCACAGUACAGAUCACGAUCAAGAUCAUUUAGAAAGGGUUUUAAACGACAAAACACACUCAUUUACACACAUCUGAGAAUCAGAAUAUCAGAUAGUUCAGGACAUGAGCGAGUUUGUGAAUAUUUAACGUAAUAAACACGAUCUGUGUGUCACAGUGUUGUGGCCGCGGUGUGUCACGUGACGAGCCUGACGCGUCGCCAUGGAAACAUAGCUGCUUCUUUAACGGAUGCUCUGUUGCUUAGUUACGUGCAUUCUGUGACCGUUUAAACCCCCAUGUCAAUCAUUUUGGUCUUGUGUCGCUGUGUCUGUAAAAUAUCUCAGAGAUGGGACGUUGUAAUAUGGACGCAAAUCAUCCGCAAUAUAAAAAUUGUGAUUGAUUGUGUAAUGCGCUUUGCCCUUUCCGAGCCGAGGGGAAGCUUCGACAAUAUAGUCUGCUCAAUGUCCUCUGUUUAGCAGCAAUGACAUAUUUGUGGUGUUUCCAAAAUAUUUUAGUUUUACUCUACAAAACUUACAAAUAGUGCGGCUCUUGUCCAGCUCAUUUCGCCCUUCAACUUCACAGAAGCCAAAAUAUUUCCACACGUCAGCUUUUAACGAGAAGGGUGUUUGGACAUCGCGCUCAGCCGUUGCGUCUCUCUCGCGUGAUUUUUUUCCCCAAACCGGUUGAGCGCAAACCACGCCCCCUACGCGAAAACCCCACCCCGCAGCCGUGACUCACGUCUCUAGCUCGAUUUCAUUGGUCAACUCUGUUACCUCACCUGAGAAGAAGUUUGGACGUCAAUCAAAGUCGUUGCUGGAUCCGUCGCCGACUAACGGUAAACAGUUCUUUUCAAUAACAUUUUAUUAUUAGAAGUAUUUGUAGGUCUCAAUGUGAGUUUAUACAUGUAUUAUUAAAGUUUUCAUUUGAACUUUAUCUUAUUCAUUAGGUUCGCUCUCAGGAGAGUGCGCAUGUUUGGGCUGUGGUGAAGACCAAGCCGUACAUCUGAAGAACUGGUUGCCUUCUGGGUAUAAAUAUCACUUCUGCACAUAUCGUUUGUGCACUACAGAAGGCAACUCACACCUGGACCACACAAGUUUUGAGGCAUCACUAAGAAUUGCAUUGACAGAAAUUUGUGAAGUAAAGGAAUGGGUGGGAAAGCUUAGUGAAUCAUCAGGAGUGAGUUGGAGAGUGGCAGUGACCAAACCAAAUAAGGGACAACGUGUACUUUAUAAGGCUCAUUACAGGUGCCAGCACAAUGUUUAUGUCCGAUCAGACACGGCUAAUCAAAGGCGGCUUUCAAAAAAUACAUGCUGUGAGGCAAAAAUGGUUUGCACUCUGGUGAAGACUACAGACAAAAGGGGAGGAACUAGUAGGAGCAUUGAUCCCCAUAUACCUACUUUCCCAACUUCGGUGCGUUUGUACAAUGUACACAAUCAUAACAUCUUUGUUGCAGAGGCACUGAGGCACAAGGAUGUAGGGGUCAAGGCAAUUGAAACCCUGACACAGUUGUUUGAGGUUGGGCACAGUCCAACCUCAGCUCUGGCUGUACUUAAAAGUGACCUGUUGGCUGAGCAUGGCAACAAAUAUGUAUAUGUCUCAGCCAACCGUGCCAUUUGCCCAGACCUUCAGUUUUGCUACAGAUACAGGAAAUUCCUGACCUAUCUACAGAAUCUUUACAGUCGAAGUGAGAGUUGGGCUCUCAGCUAUAUGAGGGACUUGCCAACCCGUGGCAACCAAACCAAUAACUAUGUGGAGGCUGCAAUGCGUGUCUUGAAAGACAAAAUACUUCAUAGGACAAAAGCAUUCAACCUGUCUCAAUUAUUCAACCUUUUCAUUACCCGACUAGAGAUGUACUAUGAAGCACGUGUGACAGACGUUGCUCUUGGCCAUUGGGAGGCAUUCCACCGGUCAAGAUUUCUUGCUACACAAAGUAAUAUCAAAGCAUCGGAUAUUUCUCAGGUUGGAGAAAAGAAAUUUUAGGUGAGAUCAUCCCCAUUAGGGCACACAUAUACCGUGGACAUGGAGCUGGAGCUCUGCACUUGUCCAGUUGGCCAUAGUGGGGCACCAUGCAAACACCAGGCAGCAGUAGUGCAAAAUUACAUAAUCACCUCCAUCAACUUUCUCCCCACAACAGCUGAAAUGAGGGCUGAGCUGCUGAAAAUAACAAAAGCCUCAGUUUCUCUUGACUUUCUAAACCCUUUACGGCAAAAUAUGCCAACGCGGAGCACAUUAGCUCCAGACAUGCCUCCGAAACAAGAAACCUGCACUUCUGAUCAUCAGUAUCAUCUCAGUGCUGAAGAUGAUGAGUCACAUCAGCUGGACCUGUCUUCGACCAGCUCUACACAACUGCAACAAAUAUCACCUAUGCAAGAGGACCCAUACUCCAACCAUCCCUGUGUUCAGGGUAACUCAGAGGGAGCAUCUUUACCUCAGUCUCCUGUGAAACGGAUGCUGAGACUGCUCAGUGAAAUGGCUGAAAACCCAGACUACAGUAAUGCCAUGUCUAAAAUGGCCAAGCAGCUUGAAAAGAUGCAGCACAACCAGACCCAACUGAUCUCAGCAUUUUACUGCUUUGGUAAAGGGAUGUCUGUAUCAAAACGUGCAGCAGCGUUAAGACGAGCUGCUAGACGACCAGGUCCUAUUAUUGGCUGUCAGCCAACAGCAGUGGCCAGAAGAACAGCUAAGACUGGUUCUAGGCAGCGUUUGACAGCUGGACGCCCCAGAAAAUGCAGUUCUGGUUCAGAGCAUGACUACAGCAGAUAUACAGGGAAAAGGGCUGUCAGGGUUCGCCACAAAUUGUCAGAAUCUGUGGCAAUGAAUUACUCAGAUCAAGCAUAAAAUUAUUUGUAUGACGUGGGUGGGUUUGGGAGUGUGUGUGUGUGUGUGUGUGUGUGUGAGUGUGUUUAAAAAUGGUUAUUUAGUAGAUUAGUUAAUGCAAACAUAGUAUUAUUUAUGAAAUUUAGAUCCAGACUGCAGGUUAUGUAGCCAUUUUAAAAUCAUUUUUGGAAACUUGUUAAAAAUAUUAACUGCACAGAAAAAAAAUGCAAAAGUUUUUAUAGCAAUUGUGAAUUGCAUGUAAUGUUUUUGUGUACCAGGACAUUUUUGUAUUUUAUCUAUGUAAUUGAUAAAUAAAGCAUUCUAUGGCCAGUCAGCAAGUUGAUUAUUACUAAUCAUCACGCAAAAUGCAAACAAAGACAUGCUUUUAAAUCGUUGUUGGGUUACUUUGAUGCCACUUUAAGUCAAAAUGCACCUAAAGUCUUGAAUUCUGGGCUAGGAAUGCAGGUAAAAGGUCAUAUUGUUCGCUAUAUUAAAUUAAAAUUAUAUAUAUAUAUAUCAGUAUUAAGCUUCUCUGUGUUCCUGUUUUAUAGCAGCCUACAUUAUGUAACUUCAUAAUUUUUUUAAUUUUGUACACCCUUUUAUUUGUGUUUUGGAUAUUAUAUCCAUAUAUCUAUGAUUGUAUAAAAAUUUGUUCGUUUGUUUCAACGCAAUGUAGCAAUAAGCACUGUGAUGGAGUUGACCAAUGAAAUCGAGCUAGAGACGUGAGUCACGGCUGCGGGGUGGGGUUUUCGCGUAUGGGGCGUGGUUUGCGCUCAACUGGUUUGGGAAAAAAAAAUCACGCGUCUCGUCUCUCUUUGUUAUGUGCACGUCACAGACGGUCCGGGCACUGCACUUCCGCGCUUCAGGGUUCCGUUUUUUGCGUUCCGUCAAUAUUACGUUAUUAGAACUAUAUACUUUUUUUUUUUAAAUCAAUUUUGGACAUUUGUGAAUCUAUUCAGAAUCGUCCACGUCCGCAUCGCGAUGCAUCUAAGAAUCGAAUUUUCCGCCACCCCUAAUAGUAAUGUGAUCUUUUAAAGGGUACUUUACGAUCUGAAUUAAUAUAUAAAAAUGCCUGUUCGACUGCUUAAGUAUUUGUAAAAUAUGAACAAGCAGUCUAACUUAAUCAGAAUUGAAAAUGAACAAUAAAUUAAUAUUCACAGAUAGUACAUUCCCACAAAAUAUACGUUUUAUGAAUUAAGUAUAAUUUAUAUAUAUGUGUGUAUGUGUGUGUGUGUGUGUGUACAAUAUUGAUGUUAUCAUUAUAUUAUAGCUGUUUUAUCUAAACUAUAACACAUUUUCAAUGUUGCGUUUCGGAUUAUUAGAUUUUUUUUUACAAAAAAAAAAAAAAAAAAAAAAAAAAAAAAAAGAGUCAAAAUAGGUCUGUCGUGUUACAUUGAAGACAUGCACAUUCACUUCCAAACAUUAAAUAAUGGAGAAUGGGAUUUAACGUUUCCAGAGGAAGUAAGUUAAUCAGCUGGCCCAAACACUGCGAGAAGACGUUGUGUCCUUUGAAUCUUGUACUUUGCUGGUGAGAAGAUUAUUAAGUGCUUCUGCAGUACUUUUAAUUUAAUUUUUAAUUUAAUUUCAUAUGUUGCUAAGUGUGUUGUAUAUCAGUUUAAUAUCAGUUUAAUAGUUCAUUUACAUGAAACUUGAUUUAUUUAGAGGACACCACUAAAGGUAACAUACAGCUUUUCAUUAAUACAGUGGGUUCAUAAGGGGUUAUUUGUUUAUAAAUUGGUUCAUAAAGGGUUAUUUGUUUUAAAUUGGUUCAUAAAGGGUUAUUUGUUGAUAAAUUGGACACUGAAAUUGUCCAGAUGGGUCCAGCUCAAAUGUGUCAGGUCCUUGAACUAAACCAAGUAACUUUACAUUGGUGGAUCAGUAUAUACAGUAAUAACCUAUAGCCUGUGUUCAUGAUAGAUUAAUGAGAUUUAUACUGAGUUUGGUGUUAUACAAUAUUUACUAUUUAUAUUGUUUCUGUGUGAGUAAAACGAAUAAAGAGUGCUGCUGCAGAAAUCUACGUUUGUUCCAACUUCGAGGCUGUUAACUGUUGUUUUGGUUUUACAUUUAAAAGGAUAUUCAUGUGUAAAAAAAUAACAAUAAAUAAAUCACAGCCACUAAGUUUGAUCAUCUGAUGACUCUAUUGUUGACAUGUUUUUACAUUACAGAGUCACACACUUGGAUGAAAACCUGCUUAAGGAGAGACAGAUUAAUUGGGAAGAUGAAGUGUGGUGCUGAUGUACCCAGAAAAUGAUGAAUUUUAAAACCAAAAAAGCUCAGAUGAUGUGGUUCCAAAGACUGUCAGCUCAGCCUCAGCAAGUUUGCUCUUUUUUUUUUUCUUUUUUAAUUAUUACUUUUUUUAAAUCCAGCAAAAAAAUAAAAAAUAAAAUAAAAUAAGAAAAGAAACAAAGGCUGGGCAGCAUGUAACGAAGCAACAAAUUAAACAUAAGCCAAAAAGAAAACAGGCAAAAAAUUGUAAAUACUAUGAAACUGUACUGUCACUAUCAAUUUCAGAAACAGAGUUUUUCAUAUUUUGCUUUUUUUUCAAAACAAAAUAACACAAAAGUUUUGUUUAUGCUGCUUAUGUAUCUUUUCAAGGUCCCUGUAAAUGAAUAAAUUCAAAAAAUGCAAAGAAGAAGAGAAGGGCUACAGAAAGAAAACAUACAGCUCAGAGAGGAACUUGAAAACUGUAAGACCAUCCUUAAAAAUAUUCUUGUUUGCCGUAACCCGACCGACCCUGUCAAUUUAGGACUGACUCAAUUUUUUAUUUUUUUCUGCUUUUAGUCCGACCGACUUGCCGAUUGUAAAUUUGCGUUAAGACCGACCAAUUUUUUUUUUACUCUUCAUACAACUAAUACAAAAGCAAUAAAAUAAUAUUAAUUAUAUUUAAGUAUUAUAAAUAUAUAAAUUUCAAAAGGCACAUUGAUUCAUUGUAUGUGGAAUAUGAUCAAAUAAAAGAGUUUUGGAAAGAAAUUAAUAAUAUGAUAUGGCAUAUAGUCUCAGUGAGAUUGCCACUGGAUCCUGAGCUUUUCAUUAUUGGUAUUCAUCCAGAUAACUGGAAAAUUAAAAAGGACACUCAAGUAUUGAUAGAUAUGUGUAUUCUACA